GCGCGACUGUAAAUGGUAUCAUUUGGGAAGAAUAGCGCCCCAUCAUUGGUGUCGGUGGGAGGAAUAGUGUCCCAACAUUGGUGUCAGUGGGAGGAAUAGUGUCCCAACAUUGGUGUCAGUGGGAGGAAUAGUGUCCCAACAUUGGUGUCAUGGGGAGAGGAAUAGUGCCCCAUCAUUGGUGUCAGUGGGGGGGAGGAAUAGUGCCCCAUCAUUGGUGUCAGUGGGGGGGAGGAAUAGUGCCCCAUCGU